AUGCCCCUGCCCAACCAUCAUAGCCAAGGCAAACCCAGCUCCAAGCACAUGGCAUCUGCCUCUCCUCCACCCGGCCUGGAGGUGCCAGGUGCCCACUUACAUCUGCACCAGGUCUGGGAAGUUCUGCAGCAUGCCCUUCACCAUCUCGGGCAUCUCAGAAAGGAGCAGACCCUCCAUCACCCAGUAGGAGUCCCUGGCGAAAGGGACAGCUCAGGUGCCACUGCAGGGAAUGACUCUCAAGCCACGAAGUACAGAAACUUGCGGGAACAGCGCUUGGCCACCCUGAAGUCCAUCCUUUGGGAUGAGGAGAAAGGUGUGACCUUUUGGUUUGACUAUGACCUUGAAAACGGAAAGAAGCAAGAGUUUUACCCAUCCAACCUUGCCCCUCUCUGGGCGGGCUGCUUCUCUGACCCAGGUGUCGUGGACAAGGCUCUGAAAUAGCUGGAGGUGAGGGGGCAGCAGGACAGCCAGAUAUUGACCUAUCAAUACGGGAUCCCAACAUCUCUCCGGAAAACGGGCCAGCGGUGGGACUUCCCCAAUGCCUGGCCCCCCCUCCAGGACCUGGUCAUCAGAGGUCUGACCAAGUCUCCUUCACCGUGGACCCAGGAAGUAGCUUUCCAGCUGAUGCAGAAUUGGAUCCGAACCAACUUUGAUGUCUACUCCCAAAAGGCAGCCAUGUACAAGAAGGUGAGCGGGUAUGACAUCAGCAAUGAUGGACAACCCGGUGGCGGAGGGGAGUAUGAAGUUCAGGAGGGGUUUGACUGGACCAGUGGAGUGGUCCUGAGUUCAGGAACCCAAACAGCUUUCCUGGAGGCCCAGUGCCUCAGAGUAGCCCUUCUGCUUAGCCUGCUGCCACAGUGA